AAGGCUCCAGCAUAAAAUCACUCAUUUUUUCCAUUUUUUUCCACGAGACGAAAAAGUUGGACAGUUAAUGCCAGGAGCAAUUGCAAAAAUAGGGAUAUUUUCUACCUUGUAAUGCUUUCAGGAACUACCCACUUCACUCACAUUCUGUGAAUAGAUAGGAGAUUGGGAGCAUGAGUUAGGUGCAAAGUAAAGAAGAAUGGAAGAAAUGCACACCUUAAUUUCUCAGAAAUAAUUUCAUCUUGCUUGUGACCUCAUUUCCUGGAAACUGCCUAGCCUACAGAGACGGCCUCUCAUUACCAGGUUCUUUUUUUCUAAUCUUAUUAGGGUUGUAAAGUUUUACAGCACAGAGGUCUUAGUGACAUACAGUUCACCACAACUAAGCUGUUGCUGGCAGUCUUAUUCUGUUUUACUCCAGACCACUUAAAACAAAGAACAGGCUGAACGAAUAGUCUGUGAAAGCUGGUCUCACCAAACAAUCAUCAUGAAGAACACAACAGAAGAUGACAUAUAUGCAUACGCACUGUCCAAGACACUUACAAAAGUCUCAUCACCUUUAACUGUGGGACUCUACGCUUCAUGUGAGAAUCGAAUCAACAUGAUCCUCAAACAAAUGCAAGUAUACAUGAAUUCAGAGGCUUCAAGGAUUGAGCAGGAAUAUGCAAAAGGAUCCAGGCCUCGUUCGGUUAAGCCUUCAUUUACCGGCUUUUUUGCACUUAUUGGACGACUGCUCUUCUACAGGCCAAUCUGGACAAAGGAGAACCAGCAGGAACGAAACGUCAGAUUCAUUUAUGUGCAUUUCAGUGCUUGGCAUUUUGCCGGUAGUGACCUGCUUUGGGCCGGUAUAGCUAUACGGCUGAUUGAGGCCAUGCAAAUGAACUUUGGAAAAUUACAACUUUUACUCUACCGUGUAGCUCAACAUGAUGAAGAAGAGGAAGUCAAGAACAAGAUUGUGGAGGAUGGUCCUAACCACUGGAGUUCCAAGAAGAUUUGCUGUUGCCCACUGUGGCUUUUUCUCCUUUCCCUUCUGGUGGUACCACUUAUCAUCCUGAUUAUCCUGUUAACGGUUGGCUUUCCCAAAUUUGGACUGAAACCAGAUGAGGAGGUGGAUGACAGCAAUGGCCAGGUGGGUGUGCUGGAAGGCCUGGCCAUUGCCACAUUAGGGGUCCCUGCAGUGAGCAUACUGAAGUUUAUCAUUCUGAUGGGGAAGAACUUCAUCUUCAGCCAGACACUGAACAUUAAGAGAGGGAUGGACAAUGAGCGGCUCAGUGGUCAGUUGGGCUUCAUGAACGAAGUCAGGAUGGAAAUGUGGUGUUUGUCCCGCUUCAUCCAGUUUAUGGAAGUGUUCGAGAGGAGAAGGAUCCGAAUCGUGCUGAAUAUCACUAAUCUGGACCGCUGCUCUCCUAAGAAAAUUGUUGCAGUCCUGGAUGCUAUGAACAUUUUGCUUUCAGAUGAAGAGAGCCCAUUUAUUUCCAUUCUUGCUGUAAAUCCGGAAGUCCUUGUAGAGAAAGUGAACUUUGCAGAUGGAUGCUUGAGCAAAGAGGACAAAGCAUAUGCAUUGCUGAACAGCAUAGUGACUCUGCCCUUCACAGUCCCACCACUGUCCAAUGAUUCAAAGCGCAGUUUACUUUACAGACUUAGUAGCAAGUCAAAAAUUCAAGAGUAUUCUCCCACGGUUGAAGUCAAACACAGAGGAAUUCCUUAUUCCUACGAUUCCUCCAAUUCGUCUCUAGAGAAGGUUACAUCUGAAGCAAAGGAGAUGUACCCUCUGAUCAAUACAAAAGCAGCAAUGCUGGAUAUAAAAGAUGAACUAGAUAACUUAAUCAGAAGCAUCCUAAGCAGCAAUGACAGGAAUCUAAGCAAGUACAUGCUAGAUGAUGUCAUGUCAAUGAGAAGAGUGAUCAACUCUAUUCGAGUAACUGUGAUAAUCAUGAAAGCCUUAAACCUAGAGCUUCCUCAACCAGAAUACAUUGCAGCAUGGGUGAUCCUAGCCAAUCACUGGCCCUGCCGACUCAGCUGGAUCCUCCAGUGUGUGGAAGAUGCUCAACAAAGGGCAGAUAUUGAUGGUGAGGCUGGGCCCAGCGAUUAUGAUUCAAAGACCUUAUGGCAAGUCUUCAGUGUGUCCCAAGCAGAGCUGUAUGUAAUGAGUGGACAGAUUGAGGACUUCCUGGAGCAGGAUGGAGAUGCUGAGCUGUUCGAAAAUCUUCUCAAAGUAGAUUUCCAGUUCAAGGUAAAAGACUUGAAGACAUUUGAAGCAGCAACAGUGAACCUAGAUCAUUCAAUUAAGAAUGAGCUGGCUCACAUCAGAGGGACAUCCAGGCUGAAAGAUUCUGGUUGGAUGAGGAACCUAGCUCCACUGCCAAUCACAAAGAUCAUUAAUAUGAACACCGAGGAUGUAUGUAAAGAGCUGGAGAGGAUGCGAUACCCCAGUAAGUACAUCGACAUUGUGAAAAGCAAUGACCUCAAUGGGUCAGCGCUGGUCUUCGGCGAUGUGGAAGACCUGAAAGACCUCCUACAAAUGACUUUUGGUGAAUGGGCAACAUUCAGACUGCACUUCUUGGGGUUUCCAUCACAUCUGCGAACACAGUACAAAAACAUGGCAACAAUACCUUCUCACUCUAAAAACCAGUUAUCGAAAUUCCACCCUCAGGUUUCUCAUCAUUAUCUGUCUAAUCCCAAUCUGGUUAAUAUGUAACAUGGAGUCAAUCUGUCUCCAGGAAUUUUUUUGUGCACAUAUAAUUCUAACAUGUUUAUACUGCUGAAUUAAUUAAAAAGCCAGAAAGGGCUAUGUGAAGCUAGCUAGCAGGUAAUUAGCAGGUUAUAGCAUAAAGGCUAAACACUUGUUUGUCACAGAACUAAUAAAACCCGCAAAUGACUUUUUCAUAUUCCCAAUUUUGCCUAGAUCAAACAAGCAGUAUGCCUCGUGUUUAUUAGUUACUUUGAGAGCCUUACAUUUUUUUUUAGCAGAGCUAGCUGUUUUCCCUUAGUUGCUCCUGGUCUGUUUCCUGUGCCAGCUUAAUCACGUUUCUGGCUCCAGCGCCUUAUUCUUUGCACCCAGACAUGGGUUUGCUAUAGAUUCUGGCCAGAAAGAAGAUAAGUGUUUCCCCAAAUGACAAACAAGCCCUUUAUGUCCCCAUUAUCUUAUCUGAUUGCUUCUGAUUUUAUUGAUGAACUCUGCUUUGUUUAGAGGUUAGAUUAUUUACUACAGUUUGUCAGGAAAUCAUCUGUAAACCAGUUAACUGUCCUCCACAGACCUCUUCUUGAGCAGGCUAUUUGUGGCUUUUCCAUUACAGUAAGCUGAACAGUACCACUGUGUUUAACAUCUCAAUCUGAGUUAAUGGCCGUGUCACUCAACGCUGUGACUUCUAAACUCCUCUUCAGUUCUCUGCGAGAUCUCAUUUGCUCUCUCCUCAAACAUUUUCGACCUGUUCUCCACAGUGCUCUCAUGGGAUUUUAACUCUUCACGCCCUGUACUUUCACCUGCUGCUCGGUGCCGGGCUGAGCCAUUAAUCUUUAAUCACAAUGAAUUGCCUUCCGUUCGGUUGUGCUUUAUUUGUAAUGAGUAGUCUAUCUGAGCUGGAUAGUUUGAGUAUAUCACUUUAUCCUAAACUUUUUGUUAAAUACAUACAGUUCAUUAGGUUUAGGACGAAGUAGCUUAUGGAAACCAACCACUGACAGGUAGCUCAGACACAAUAGAUUAAAAACAGCAACAAGGAAAAGUCAGUGUUUUGGGUCAUUGGGCUCUUUCUUUUCUUUUUUUGCUUUUGAUGACCAAUAGCAAGUAGCUGCUGCAACCAGAGGCUCAGUGUUGCAACAUGCUCAACCUGUGGAGGACUGCAUUUGUCCACAAGGCGAUUGCACAAGUCACCUGAUGGGAAGCAACCUGUCUCCAAUCAAUGACUGACUCAGAUUGAAUGCAAUCACUCUCAAACAGACUGGUUGAGGUUUACAAAUAAUUGUUAUAUAAAUGCAGAGAGAUUGCCAACACAUUCAUCAUCAGCUGAUGAGCACAAGUCAUCUGCAUUGGAUCUUUUUGCAAUAAGGGAUUUAACUCAGCUGCUUGCCAACUGGUUGUAUUCUAGUUAUGGCCCUGUAUAAAAAAUAGGUUGUCAUUUUGCAGUUAAAUUGCUGUCUAUGAGCAACUACGUCACUGUUUGUGGAUGAAAUUAUAUUUCUAUUUACAAGGAUCUGGUUGGACUCUGAAUAGAAGAAGUGAAUGUGCCUUUCUGUGUAUGCAGACGGCAAUAGAACUGCAAUUUUCUCCCAUUUAUCACAGAUUGUAUGCAUGUAUUUGCCAACUUGACAGCAAUCAGUCACAAACUGAUGCAGACUGAGAGUAAACUGACUUGAUGCACCAAAGUCACUCUGAGGACAGCGACUGACUGCAAGUGGUCAAAGCAAUGAUUUCAAAGACAAGAUCGGAAAGUCAUUGCACACCAUCACAAUAAUCCCAGUCGUGCUAAAGUGUGACUGUAGCAUUACAACAAUCAUACAACAGUCAGGUGUGAAUAUAUCAUCCUAGCUUGUUUACACCUUAUAAAAUUUUAAGUAAGUAAGCUCCUUCUCAAGUAAAAACCUUGACGAGGAGCUCCAUCUGCCCCCACCCGGGAAGAGCCUCAGAAAGGAGAGACAUCUGAGGCAAGAAGAGGCAAGAAGAGGGGUCCCUAUUUGCCUCCAACUCUCUCAACAACACCAACGACCAGGACCAGGGA